AGAAGAAGCUGCCAUCACAGUACACGGAAGUUUCACUUGGUCCAUUAUGUUUAAUUUCUUCUGGCCUGUGAAGUUAUGGAAAUGAUACGUUAAAUGGAUUCGCAACAUCUCCAGAGUCCACCGGUGUGUGUGUGCGUGCUCUGCGGUCUCCCUGCUGCAGGAAAGUCCACGCUGGCCCGCACAGUAACCAACCUGGCUGCUGAGCGAGGAUGGAGGUCCACUGUGAUGCAUUAUGAUGAGUUAAUACCUCAGUAUGCUUUUGAUGUUAAAGUAUUGGAGGAUAACAUGCAGGCGCAAACUGAAUGGAAGCUGUACAGACAAUCACUGCUACAAUGCAUUGAAAACUUCUUGAGGAACCCCAACGUUUUGUCGGGUCCACCCGACCCCAGUGGGAUAAACUUGGAGGCGUGGAGACGGGGCGUACAAACAUUACUGGAGCAGCGUGUCUACAGCUCGGCAGACGACAAUUCCUCGCCUAUACUCCUACUGCUGGACGACAACUUCUACUAUCCUAGCAUGAGAUAUGAAGUGUUCCAGCUCGCAAGAAAGUAUUCCCUCGGCUUCUGCCAGGUGUUCCUAGACUGCUCUGUGGAGUCCUGCACAAGCCGCAACAGUAAAAGAUCCCACCCUCUGCCGACCAAUUUAAUCCUAGAGAUGGCUAAGCGUUUGGAGCCUCCGAACCCACAGAAGAACACAUGGGAGGGAAACAGCAUCACACUCAACAACUCUGAGUGUUUGUCUGAAGUGGACAUUCGCAGGUGGAUGGAGUUGAUAACCCACGCCUUCAGCAACCCCUUGGUCCAAGUGCAGGAGGAGAACACGGAGCAAAAGGAGAGGGACCGUGUGGGGUGUGCCCUCAGCGUGGUCCACCAGGCGGACCAGGCCAGCAGGCGGCUGGUCUCGGCAGCCAUGAAGAGCGCCAGAGAUGACGAAGCCUCACCAGAACAAAUGAGGGGUUUGGCGAGUGAGCUGAACCAAUCGAAGGGAAGGUUUCUCCAUGACCUGCGAACACACUACGUUCAGGAGCGGGCGGCGGUGGAAGAAGAGGAUAUAGACGUGGAGCGGGUGGUGACCGCUGCAGUGGCUGCUUUCGACAGGGAAAUACAGGAAACUUUGUCAAGGUUUCUUGAAAAAUAACUACACUGGAAUGUUGACCAGUAGGUCCUAAGGUUAGGACUAUGGGCCCUGCAGAGACUGGGGGGCCCCUGAGGAACUAUGGACCCUGCAGACACUGGGGGCCACUGAGGAACUAUGGACCCUGCAGACACUGGGGGGCCACUGAGGAACUAUGGACCCUGCAGACACUGGGGGGCCCCUGAGGAACUAUGGACCCCGCAGACACUGGGGGGCCCCUGAGGAACUAUGGACCCUGCACACACAAGGGGGCCGUGAGGAGCCCCCCACCCCCCCCCCUCUAACUGCACCUUCAAGGGCCCCCAACUGGGCUCCUAAUGGCUGCUGAUGAUUCUGCUUGUGUAUGGUUUGUUUGAUUAUUCUCAUCGGUUAAACUUAAACUUGACAAAGUUCCGUUCUGAACUUAAAUGGAUCAAUCAAUAAAGGUUGUUUGUGCUUUAACCAAGUACGACCACUAGAG